CCCUCAAGGUGACUCAGUAACACAUGGGAGAAACUGCAAGAAUUCCUGCCUUUUGUUUGCCAAAAUGAGACGUAUUUUCUUGCUUUUUGUUUGUCUCAGAUGGCAAAUACCCGUCUCAGGAGUCUCAGGAUGGGAACAGUCAUGCAAGGCCUGUGACAUAAUCAAGUCAGCGGACGGCUUCCAGCUGGUGUUCGAGACAUGUAACGUAACUGGUGUGGGGGAGGUGGAAGUACGCCUUAAUCAGACUAUGAUUGCUUCUUUUAAAAAUGGAUUGUCCAAAUAUUCAUCAGAGGUAAUCCAAAUCAGCGAGCAUUCGAUUACCAUCAAACGGUGUCUGCCUGAACUGCAUGCAAUAUUGUUCUAUCAUGAUGAUGUAGCUUGCAUCAAAUGUGAAGAGAGAGGAAGGACAUCCGACAUAAAACUUGUGCCAAAUGCCAAUGUGGAUCUGGCUGUAUCUGCUGUGACGACCCCGAACAAGAAACGGAAUCAGCAGGUUGGACAACAACAACCUUUAGAUAAACCAGAGAAGACCUGGGUGUACUUGUGUGUUGUAGGUGUCAUUUUGUUGAUUUCUGUCGUGAGCCUGGCUUUGUGCUACAUUUCUUGGAAGAAACAUCUGAAACAGCAGCAAAGUGCACCCAUGGGAUUUUGCAGUUACCUCAUAUCUGGUUAUUGGGCCAGAUGCAGGAGCAGUGCUGAUGUCCAGCAUGUUCAUGCUCCAGGAGAAGCCAAAGGUUUGGUGGACAAACAUGGCAAUGAACCAGACGUGGUCACUGUGUCUCUACUACGCUGGUAAUUAGGAAGUAAUUUUAUAAGGCUGUUUUUUUUUUUUUUUUGUCAAUCUGGUGUUACCACAUGGAGUCAGCAGCUUUGCUUAUACUUUGUCAUUGCAUAAAAUACUAGUAAUAUAAUAAUAAUAACAACAAUAAUAAUAAUAAAAUCAAAAUAUCAUUGCUAUACUUAAUAUGUAGUGUAUAUUAUACAUAUACAAGCAAAAGGACUGUCACAGUGAGGGUUUGUAUUUAGUGGUAUUGGAUACAUAUACCAGCAGCUCCCUCAGGGUCCUGUUCUUCAUACGUUGCAUAUCCAGGAUAAACUGGGUGAUCACAACCUCACACACCUCAAUGUUUAACAAAGGCAAAGUGAUGUGUGUGUGUACAAUUAUUAGCCAACUAUGGGUGCGCAGUAGAGUUGGGCGGAUUGAACCUAAUAUCGAUAAUAUCGAUACCAACACUGGUAUUGAUAUUGAACGAUCCUCAUGUAAAAAGAUCGAUACUCAAGCUUUUUCUCUCUCCCGUACGCACUGACUACUGCGCACGCAGAUUCAUCAAAGUCUACUCUCUGUAAGAGCAGCACUGCGCUGUGUCACACAACACGGAGCAGCACAACCUUGUAUUGUGGUUUGUCAGCCCUC